GGUGUUGAGCGCGGUGAGCGAGACGCCGCACAUGUACGGGGAGAUCCUGCCGCACUUGCUGCCAGCUCUGGACGUUUUGCUGCAGCAGCAAAACGCAGAUCAUUUGGAAGACACAAUUUCUCUUUUGGAGUUUUUUUCUUUUUACUUGGAAGCUCCUUUUCCGGCGGAGUUGUGGGGUUUUUUCGAGCGGCUCUGCGACGCCGUCUGCUGCAGCAGCAGCAGCAGCAGCAGCAGCAGCAGCAGCAGCAGCUGCGGCUGGGCCGCCGACCACUUGGAACAUUUGCUGCCAGUCUUCUCCAACUUCAUUUCCAGAGACCAAAUCACUUUUGCUGCUGGCAGCAGCAAAGCAGGAGUUCCUUAUCCGCGCUGCAUCUUCCAAGUGGAGGCGUGCAUGGGGCUGCAGCUGCUGUGCUCGCUGCUGCUGGGAUCAGCAGCAAAGCGGUCUGUGGACGCGCUGCUGCAGCCGUGUCUGCUGCUGGUGUGGCAGUGGGUGCAGCAGCUGCAGCAGCAGCAGCGGCGAGUGGACAAAGGCACCAAAAGGUGUUUUAUUCUUUUCAUUUCUUCGCUGCUUAUUUAUGCCCUCGAGCCCGCGCUGCUGCUGAUGCAGCAGCAGCAAAUGCUGCAGCCAGUCAUUGCUUUUGUCCUUUCCAACGCAGACGUCGUCGAGGCGUACGAGCAAAGGAAGACGCUGGUGCUGGCGUUCGCGCCGCUGCUGCGGGCGGUGGCAGCAGCAGCAGCAGCAGCAGCAGCAGCAGGAGGCGAAGCAGCAGCAGCAGCAGCAGCAGUGCCCGCGUGCCUGCUGGAGCAGCUGGGCCCGCUGGCGCAGCUGCUGGCGCGGGAGGGCGUGGAGCUGCGGGCCAUGAAGGACAAAGCAGCAGCAGCAGCAGCAGCAGCAGCAGCAGACAGCAGCAGCAGCUUGGGCUCCGGCAGCGACAGCGAACAAAGCCUCGAAGACUUCCAAGACGCAGAGCUGCAUCCAGCAGCAAAGUCUUUGCUGCUGAAGUUUGAGUCGGAGUGGGAAGACGAAGACGACGAGGACUGCGACCUCGACCUCGACGGGGACGACAGCUCGCUGCGGUGGGACCCUUUGGAAGCUGUGGAUGAAUUGGCUGUGCUGCGGGAAGCUUUCAAUUCGCUUCCUGCUGCUGCAGCGCAGCAGCUGCAGCAGGAGCUGGGCGCGGAGAAGCUGGGGGAGCUCGUGGGUCUUAGGAUAUUUCUCGAAAAUAAAAUAAAUUAA